AUGAAGCCUAAGGUAAUGGAUAGCGACAAUCCAUUUCUUCCUGAAGAAAUCAUGACCAACAUUCUCAAAUGCCUUCCGGUAAAAUCCCUAAUCCGAUUUCGAUGUGUUUGCAAACAUUGGAAAAAUCUCAUCAAGUCCCCAUCUUUCAUCGAAGAACACUUACAGCACUCCAGUAAUGAAAACCCUUUACUUCUUUUACAAUGGGAUGCUAAAUGUGAUAAUCAGCGCUUACGUAUGAUCGAUUGCGAGAUGCGAGUCCUUGAAGUUCAUCCCCCACCUUUGAUCUUGAGGGAGAUGUCUGAGAUCGUGGGUUGCAGCAACGGCUUGCUCUGUGUCAAAAUAUUUGAUUAUUGUGGUGCAUCUCUUCCUUCCCUUUUAUUGUGGAAUCCUGCCACUAUAAAAGUCAGAAAGGUGCCCAGAACUAUUUAUAAUCUUGAUGACGGUGAUUUUUACGUAGGAUUUCGGUUUAGUCCAAUUGUUAAUGAUUACAAGAUCGUGAUAUCUCGUGAAAAAGAGCUUGAUCAGGAGGAUAAUCGAGUAGAAGUGUAUUCAUUAAGCACAGGAUUAUGGAGGGAAGUAAAAGUUGAGGACUUUGGGGGUGUGCGCCUUCAUUCUCACCCUGUCACUGCCAAUGGAUCUAUUUUUUGGCCUGGUGAUGAUAGUGAAGAUGAUUGGAUGAUAAUUGCAUUUGACAUAACAAUGGAAGUGUUUUCAUUGUUACCACCACCUGCUUCAUUAUAUUUUGGUUCGCGUCCUUGUCUUACUGCAUAUGAGAACAAACUUGCUACUGUUAUUGAGAACCAUGAACUUUGUGCGAUUGAUUUUUGGUUGAUGGAUGAGCGUACUAGUGCAUCUGGACAGAGAUGUAGUUGGAGUAAGAAAUAUACUAUAAGCACAUGUUUAUCCUGGUAUCCACGCUGUAUUUGGAUGGAUCAAAUUGUCUGUGACGUUACAGAUCUGUAUAAAUCUGAAUCUGAAGAAAGUGAAUGUGAAGCUAACAAUGGAAGGCACACUGUUCUAUCUUUGUUAAAUCUUAGAACUCAUGUAUUGGAAAAAAAUUUUAUUCACAGAUAUAGAGUUUCAGGCAUUUUCAAAUAUGCUGAAAGUCUAGUAUCUGUAGGUAAUUACCAUGUUUAG